ACGAAAGUGAAAGUAAAACGACAGAAAGCGCGUAGAAAAACAAGCUAACUUUAUUCCCCUGAGCUCAGUUUACUGAUCUACGUCAAGCAACAAUGACACGUCUAACAGCUCACUUCUAGCCCUGCGUUAACAGUCAUGGAGGAGAAAACCUUGGUUCUUGAAGGUCUACCAGGGGAUUUGGACCUGGUGAGACCUAAAUUAGAACUUUAUUUCAAAAACAAGAGGAAAUCUGGUGGAGAAGUUGUACAGAUUAAAGAGCAUCCUGAGGACAAAAGGAAAGCUUUGCUCAUCUACCUCCUGGAAACAGAUUUAGAUAAUGUCCUUAAACAAGGAACCCAUCAAAUCGAUUUCAAAACCCAGGGAGUUGUUAAACUCACCGUGAAACCCUUGAAUGUCAAGAAGGAAAAGGUUAAACCACCUCUUCUGAAAAAACCAAAGAGAGAAAAUCUUGAACAUGUCAGAAAUUCACAAGCCACAACAGAUGUACAGGCUGGUGCUAGAGGACAAAAAGGAAAUGAAGAGGACUCAAAAACCAAGGACCUGAUUAUUAGCUGCAUGGAGUCGGUUGAUGAAAAUAUUCUUACAGUUUACUUUGAACAAUUUACAGACAAGGCUGAAGUUACAAGCCAUGGGGAAAACAAAUGGAUCCUCAAAGUAGCCAAUCAUUCAGAUGUAUUGACUAUUCUGAGUCAGAAGGAACAUGAGUUUGGGUUGACGGUGGAGUUGAAUAAAGAAGGAGGUGCCGCGGAUCAGUGGGACCCUCGGCGCUUCAUCCUGAGUGGGUUCAAAGACAGCUGUAAAUGUAAAUUCGUUACCAUGUUCAUUGGAAGCUGCAGCCACAAGGCAGCACACUCCUGGGAGGUGAUAGAUGAUGAGAGAAUUGUGGUCACCUUCAAGGAAGACAUCGAUUCAAAAUCUUUCUUGGAGAAGUGUGCAGCCAAAAAUCUGCAGGGCAUGGAGAUUAAAGCCUCUCGUUUAGAGUACACAGAUUCCGUUCUGGUACAAGGGGAUAUGAGCAAGGUUACUGAGGACACUCUUAACCUUUACUUCAGCAACAACAAAAGAAGUGGUGGAGCGGACAUCAAGUCUUUAAUCUGGGUUAACAAACAAAAGAGCGCGGUCAUAUCCUUUCAAGAUUGUCACGCCGCACAAGACGUGGUGGUGGGGAAACAUCAUGUCUGUGGCACAGACAUUAGCGCUUCGCUUUUUUACUCAAGUCUUCAGAAGGCUUUGACGGGAGAAACACCGACGUGCUCGAAUAUAUCAACGGAUACGAUUAUUCCUGUCGACGAUGUACUCCACAAUUUCAUUGAAAAAAAGCAAAAGUGCAAGAACGAUUUUGAGACUCGACUAAAGGAAGUUCAUGCUAAUGUCGUUUUUAAUGUCCCUGGAAAGAUUGCGCUAGAGAUGGAUGUGGACAAAGAGUCUUUAGCGGCGGUUCGACUAGGAGCAACUUGGCAAAGUAAAGCCCAAAGAGAAGCGCAAGCCUUUCUGAGCAGGUACAGCAUAGCUGAGUUGCCAGUCGAGGUUGAGAUCUGGAAAAGGGUAGAGCUUGAUUGCCUUGGAUUCACCAGUUCUGAUGCUGAGGUCACUUACAUGGAAACCAAAUCCAAAAUUGCAAUGGUUGGCCUUAAAACAGAAAUCACCACCCUGUUGGACAAGAUUCAGAACCUUGUUAAAAAUGCAUCUUCAGAAUUAGAAAUGGAAAGGAACACUGUUGAAGAAGUGAUUCGGUUUGACUCAAGACAGACACUAGAGUUGGUAGAAAAAUGUGUACAAGCCAAACUUCAAAACGUAACACUAACAAAAAAUGAAACUAACCUGAGCUUUCACCUCAAAGGUUUGAGGGACUCUGUAGGUAUAGCUCAAAGGGUCAUCAAGCAAGCACAGGAGAACGUUAUCUUUCAAAGACUGGACCUCUCGACCCAUUUGAUCCAGUUUCUGAAGUCGUUAGAUCUAAAGAAAUUUGAGCAAAACCAUUUUGUAACAAGUCAUAUUUCAGCUUUAUUUCUGAAUGAUGGAGAGCUUCUUGGGAUCGUUGCAGAGAAAGGACACAUCGAGGCAGCCAAAGUCAAAGUAAAAGAGAUCCUUCAAGAGGUGGCCAUCCAACUUACUCCUGAUGUAGGCACAGUAAUUAACACUGAAGACUGGGUGAACUUCUUGAACAAAAUUAAAGUGGAAUUAAAUAAUAAUUCAAAGAAUGUUAACAUCAUACAUUCAGAGGCACAACUCAUAAUCUGUGGAUUUGCUCAAGUGGUAAAACAAUUUUCAAAAAAGGUUAAGGAUUAUCUUGAGAACAAGACGCCAGCAACCGAAUAUAUCCAUCUAAAAUCUUUGCAGGAAGUGGAGUUUGUCGACUCUUGCAUGAAACUGUCAGAAAUUCCAGAAAUCCGAAACCUCGGCAUAACCGUUCAACGUUGCAGAACAACGGGCUCUCCGUGUCUUACGGUUACAGCUUCAAAAGAUAAAAUCCAGGAUGCAGUAUCUGUUAUAAAAAGGCAUACGUCGAAAAUUUGCAUAGAAAAGCAAACUUAUUCGAAAGCAGGAGAAUCUAAGGUCAUACUUAAACAUGAAGCAAAUAUCCAAGCCAAAGCCAAGGAUUGGGGUUGCAAGGCUUACAUUUCAACUCUCAAGUCUGGGACCUCGAAAAGCUACAACCACCAAGUAAACAGCUCCAUCACUUUUACGGUUACGGAGGGUGAAUUGCAGCACUUUCCAGCCGACGCUUUGAUUUGUCCUUUGAAUAGCAAACUUGCUUUUGACAAUCCAGUUGCUCAAAGUUUUCUUCAAGUCGCAGGUUCAGAUAUUCAAGCGGUGUGCAACAGACUCCAGAAAGAAAGGCAAACUUUACUCGCCGGGGACGUGGUCCUGAGCGACCCAGGAAAUCUCAAUGCCAACAGCCUUAUUUAUACCGUCUUGCCUCAGAGUGGUCAACAGUUCACUUUGAGCUCUCACUACCUGAAGUCAGCCAUUCUUAAUAGCCUCCAGAAAGCAGAAUCAAGAAAUGAUACUUCAAUCGCAAUGCCAGCAAUAGGCUGUCAAAGUUUUGGGUUCUCCGUCAAAGAAAGCUGCACGGCAAUCAGAGACGCGGUACAACAGUUCAGCAAUGAUCAACACAAUUCCCCAAAGAAUAUAAAGAACAUAUUUGUGGUAGAAUCCGAUGUGAAGAUACUCGAGGAGUUCAACAGCAUCAUUGCUCAGCUGGGCUUUUCUCAUGUUAAUGCAUCUGCCAAUCCAACAAACACUACCUCUCAAAGCCAAACAAAAUCUCAAACGCUUAAACAAGCAUCAAGCACAGAAGUAACUGUUCAUGGAGUGCUAGUGACUCUCAAAAAAGGAGAUAUCACCAAAGAAACAGUGGAUGUCAUUGUUAACUCCAACAACAAAGACUUGAAUCUUAACACUGGUGUGUCUGGUGCAAUUUUGAAGGCAGCUGGACAAGCAGUUGUGGAUGAAUGCACAAAUCAUGGUCAACAGAAAGAGAAUGGAGUGGUAUUGACAAGCGGAGGUAAACUGUCAUGCAACCACAUUGCUCAGAUGGUCGGACCCAAUAACGUUGCCGAUAUAACUUUAUCUGUGGAGAAAGUCCUGAAACUGUGUGAAACUACAAUGGCUGCCACAGUAGCCAUCCCUGCGAUUGGCACAGGGAGAGGUGGGAUUCUGCCAAAUGAUUCCAUCAAGGCUAUUCUGACAGGAGUGGAAAAGCAUUUGUCUCUGUCAACAUCUACUAGACUUCAAAAAAUAACCGUGGUGGUAUUUGAGCAGAAGGUUUUUGAUGCCUACUGCAAUUAUUUCACAGAGAGGAACAAAAUGACUGCACCUACCAAAAUGCCAGCAAAUAAAGUCAAAAUUGCGGGUGUGUGGAUUGAAAUAAAGAAGGGGAACAUUACCAAUGAAUCUGUCCGUGGUAUUGUCAACACCACCAAUAACCAAAUGAACUUGACAGGAGGAGUCUCAGGGGCCAUUUUCAAAGCUUCUGGACCCUCUGUUCAACAGGAGUGUCAAAACCACGGUCAACUUAAGAGCGAUACAGUUGCAGUAACCAGUGCUGGAAAUAUGCAAUGUGAUUUUAUUCUUCACAUGAUUGGACCCCAUUCCUCUGCAGAUGCAAGGUUAAGGGUAAAGAAAGUAUUGGAGAAAUGUGAAGAGAAGCAGAUCAGUACCAUUUCCUUCCCUGCGGUUGGCACCGGUGGAGGCGGUGUUAAUAGCGUGGACGCCAUUACCGCUAUGCUCCAAGGCUUUCAAGAUCACUUGUCUCAACGUUCCUCUACUGUCCUCAAACUCAUUUAUGUUGUCAUUGACCGCGAUGAAGUUCUGAAACAGUUUCAGCAAGGAUUAAACCAAUGGGCUUCAAACCCCCAGCAGGACAUUGAUGACAUUGAAGAAAUCGAGGUUGAAGAUGACAUUGAAGAAAUCGAGGAUGAAGAUGAAUAUUAUUAUGGCUCAGAUGAAGAGAGUUUGUCUUCAGAAGAAGAAGAUGUCUGUAGUGAAACGAUUAUUGGCCCAAUCAAAGUUAAAGUGCUUUGUGGUGACAUCACAAAAGAGACAACAGACGCGAUAGUGAGCAGCACAAAUACCAGCCUUGAUCUAAGUUCAGGGGUUUCAGGAGCUAUCCUCAAAGCAGCCGGACAGACCGUUGUAGAUGAGUGCAAAAAACUGGGUGUCCAACCCAGUGAUGGCGUGGUCCUUACUACAGCUGGACAACUUCCAUUCAAGCACAUCAUCCAUAUGGUUGGUCAGACCAAGGAGAAAGAGAUCACAAACUGCAUGUAUAAAGUUCUGAAGAAGUGCGAGGAAAAUAAGAUUCAGUCUGUUUCAUUCCCUGCUCUUGGGACUGGAGCAGGAAACCUGGCAGCAGCUAAUGUAGCAAAUGCCAUGCUGGAUGCGGUGGCAAAUUUUUCUAUUGACUCACCGGUAUGUUUAAAAACUGUCCAUAUUGUGAUUUUCCAAACUACAAUGGUGUCAUCCUUUGAGAAUGCUCUGAUGAAGUUCAAAAGGAUCUCUAAAAAACCUACUGCAGUAAAUAUCCCCAAACCAACUCCGCAAACAUCAGAUUCCACCAAGCCGGCUUAUUGUCUUGCUGCCGCGACAAUUGCAGUGACUUUCCCAGUCACAACUGUUGAGCUCUGUGGAACAUCAUCUACUGACAUUGAUAAGGUCAAAAAGUUCCUAGAUGAUCUAGUUUCAGAUGAAUGUUCUAUCAAGGAAGUUCAGUCCGACCAUAUAGCCAAUUUUCCUGAAGCUGACAAGAAGGCGAUCGUCGAGCUCAGCCGAAGCAACCAAGUUCGUGUUCUAGUGGCUGCAAAGGACAAAUUGAUUGUAUCAGGGAAGAAGGACGAUGUUUUAGACACCGUUUUAAACAUCAAUAAGUUCCUCCAGUCAGCCCGGGACAGUCAAAUCCGAGAAGGCGAAGAAAGGAGGCUGAGCAAAACAUUGCGCUGGGAUGUAGCAGAAGGAGAAUCUUGGCGGCCGCUAAACUCCAGCAUUAGCUACGAACUAGAGUUAGCUUUUGACAAGAAAGAGAAUACCUUUACCUACCAAGACAAAGGGGAAACAUUUACAGUGGAUUUCAAAAAGAUGAUACGGGUAAACAGCAAGGGAAAGUCCUGGACACUCAAGAGAACCCUGCUUGCUGACUCGGACACAGCUAUCAUUCAACAUCCACCAACCUGGAGCAAAAUGGAUGGAAGUGAUAUGGAGGUAGUUGUUCUAUCACCGACUUCAGAAGAAUACAAAAAAAUAGAAAAGGACUUUUUACAAUCCAGCAAACACAAAGACGUAUCUCCCGUCCAAGUGGUGCAGAUCCGCAGAAUUCAGAGUCAGCCACAAUGGCAGAGAUACUGCGUGUUGAAGCAAGCAGUGGACAAAAAAUAUCCCAAACAGAAGAAUGAACAGUUUCUCUAUCACGGUACUACCAAAGAGAUCUGUCAAAAAAUCAAUAGGAACGGCUUCAACAGGAGUUUCUGUGGGAGAAACGCUGUCGUGCAUGGUGAAGGGACGUAUUUCGCCAAAGAAGCUUGGUACUCCUGCUAUGAUCAAUAUUCGAACCCAGAUGAGAACGGACUGAAGUACAUCUACAGAGCUAGAGUUGUGACUGGGUCACCAUGUAAAAGUCGAAAAGGGAUGAAGGAACCGGACCCUCUGGACCCAAAAGAUCCCCGUGCUGGGAUUCAUGACUGUGCAGUAGAUAGUUUAGAAAAUCCGUUCAUCUUUGUGGUGUUCUGUGACGCAGGGGCGUACCCUGACUAUCUCAUCAGCUUUAAGAAUGUCUGACCUUCUGGCCAUGUUUCUGGACUUGUAGCACAAUUUCCAUCAAUCAUCAAUUACCGUAAUCCAGCAUCGAUGUACAACCUUCACUAAUUAAGCAAUAACUCGUAUUCUAAUUCAAGUAAUAAUUCGAACUCCAUAAAUCAUGUUGUGCCUUAACAGUUGUAGCCUCAGGCACCAGAUCAGGUACUGUGGUUUAUUCUUUGUAAUCUAGGGUUUUAUAUAAUGUCAAUAAAAACCACCUGAUCCA